ACAAGAGCUUUAUUAACUUUGAUGUCACGCAAAAACUAGUUUUGAUUCACUGAGGCUGAAUGGUUGGUUGGUUUGGGGGGCUCACUGCGCUCCGGACGCGCACCAUGAAGGAGGAGGAGGGCAGCGGAGCGCACUGAGAAAGACUCUCCAAGAGUUAACGUUGUACGGCGUUAGAGUAUGAAGGGAUGUGAGCUGAAUGUGUGGUAGAAUGGCACCUUAUCUCACAUGGAUCUCUGAGGGAUGGCAGCUUUUCACCACCACCACCAUCAUCACCACCACCACCAUCCGAGCGCGGACCUGCGGCGGCUCUUCCAUCGGCUCACCAUUGCGUCCUCUCUGAGCGUUGUCUGCUUCUCCUUGGUUUAUCUCCUCACCGGGUGCUGCGAGUCGGAACUGACAGAAAACAUUGAGAUCAAGCCACCCACUCGCGAGUUUCUCGUGUCAGGAUGGCCGUACGAGAAAAACGGAACCAGCGUUGCGAAGGAGGUUACCACCGCGGUUGGCGAAGGCGCGUUCAGCGUUCAUCCCGGGCUGGUGUCGAACAGCUCAGGGAAAGAAUGGACUGCUACUCGGAGGUUACCCCAGGCUCUGAUCAUAGGGGUUAAAAAGGGAGGCACAAGGGCUCUGCUGGAGUUUCUGCGGCUCCACCCGGACAUCCGUGCCUUGGGUUCGGAGCCGCACUUCUUCGACCGGCAUUACGCACGGGGACUGGACUGGUACAGAAGUAUGAUGCCGAAGGCCCUGGACGGUCAGAUUGUUAUGGAGAAGACGCCUCGUUACUUUGUUACCGUGGAAACGCCAGCACGAGUCCAUGCUAUGUCGCAGGACGUGAAGCUGAUAGUGGUGGUCCGUGACCCCGUGACCAGAGCCAUAUCUGACUACACACAGAUCAUCUCCAAGAACCCCGACAUCCCUCCCUUUGAGAGCCUGGCCUUCAAGAACCGCAGCACAGGUCAGAUCGACUCUCUGUGGAGCCCGCUGUGGAUCGGCCUGUAUGCCCAGCACCUCGAGCGCUGGCUGGCCUGGUUCCCCAGGACUCAGAUACAUCUGGUCAGCGGGGAGAGGCUCAUUUCCGACCCGGCCGGUGAGCUGGGCAAAGUCCAGGACUUUCUGGGUCUCCAGAGGAUUGUCACUGACAAGCACUUCUACUUUAACAAAACAAAAGGCUUCCCCUGCCUGAAGAAGCCAGAGGGCAGCAGUAAACCUCACUGCCUGGGGAAGACGAAAGGGAGGAUGCAUGCGUCCAUCAACCGGGAGGUGAUGAAGAGGCUGAGGGAUUUCUACAAGCCGCACAACCAGCGCUUCUAUCAGAUGGCGGGUCAAGACUUUGGAUGGCAGUGACCCGUUGAUUGGAACCAAACGUUUUGUUGGCAAUUCUCUGCUUUUGGUUAGAAGCCUGAGCAAUUCUUCCAUCUGGCUGAAACAGAUGGAGUGCAAAAGAUCCAGAGAACAGAGCCAUUUGAACACUUCUGACCAGCAGACGGGCAUCUCAGAGACUUCAUAAGAAAAGCCCAGUGUCAAUACAUUCACCUCUGUCAAUCAAUCAAUCCUCUUCUUCAAGUGUUUGCAAGACAGCAGCGUCCUUUAAUCUACCCUAGAUGUUCAGUUAAAGAUGCACUUUGGUGGAAUUAAACAACCCCUCACAACCUUCUUCUUCAGCAGGCUACUUAUUCCAAUGCCAGGUGGAUGAAUAAAACAUUUGUGUGCAAAGUUGGUGAUGAGACAGUGGUUGCUAUAGGUUACAGCUUUAGAAAGUGAAAUGGUGAAAUGCACAGUGUAGCAUUUAGUGUAUCUGGUUUGCAGUUUACUCCUGAUGCUCUAGUUGAUAGGCUGUAGUGGCACAAUGAACCCAUUCCUGAAUUUCCAUAACUUAGUUUUUCUUCCUGUUUGUUCUUCAGUCACACUGGUUAAGAGUUGAAGGGCAAUCAAUGCAUACCUAUUGAGUAUCGUCCUCCAAGCAUUGUUCCUGAAAUGGGGGGAUGAAUCUUUUAUGUGGUGAGCAGCAGAGGGGUGACAGAGUAAUCUUUAUAUGAGCUGAGAUUUGACUGAGUGGUUUUGUAUUCUUGAAUAAUGAAUGUGGAUAAAUGGAUGUAGGGGAACUGGUGUGGAUCACUUGCUUCCUCGCCUUCACGUGCGAGGCUUAGGUUAGCAUCCGACUGCAAAACCACCCUACUGCACCUUGAGUGGAGUAAAGGGACCCUUGGAGGACAACCAAAACAAGACCAGGUCAAACCAUGAGCGGUCGACCUACUAUAUCGACAGCUAUGUCUCUGAACGUCAUGUAUGAAGCUUUCAGCCUUUACUGUGUUACUGUGAGAAGGCCUGCUUACAGGGUUGUCUGUUUUCAGUUUGCAUGUAUUUGCACUAGUUUGAAAGCA